AGGAAUAUUUAUUAUGUGUGGCGAUCGUAGCAUUUUUCAUCGCCGCAACGCUGCAGAAAUUUUCCUAUUUUCUUUCCAAUUUCAUAGCCAUAACGCUAGUUCGAGCUACAAAGUAAGGCCGCUUCUCCAUCGCCGCGCGCCUGUGGUUCGAUCUAUGUUGCUGAUCUCGCUCGGUUCUUGCUAGGGUUUGGAAGAACUUUCAGGUGGCACGGAAGCUGCUGAGUUUCACUCCGGCCUGUUGUUGUUGAGGCUAUCUAUCAGAUCUCAAGUAGAUUUUUUUGGUGACUCAAGAGUGUUUUCCUUGUCGGCGUUGCCAUUUUCAUUACUGCUUUUGGCCUAUCUAUCACUUUCCGCGCUCGGAUGAACCCUAGAGGAAGGUAUCCCCCUGGUAUUGGAAACGGCCGCGGUGGUGGCGCUGGCCCAAACCCUAAUUUCUAUCCAAGAGGGCCGCAGCCGCAGCAGCAGUACGUGCAGAGAAAUCCCUUACCAAGCCAGCAGAAUCAAAUAUACCACAACCAGCAGCAGCAGCAGCAGCGCUAUCAGCAAUGGCUAAAGCGGAAUGAAAGCAAUUCCGGUGCUGGCGAGUUGGUGAAAUCAGUCACCACUCAAGGCAGUGAUUCCAGUUCCCAAGAUUGGAAGACGCAGUUGAGAGUGCCACCUCCAGAUACGCGCUACAAGACAGAGGAUGUAACUGCAACUAAAGGAAAUGACUUUGAAGAUUAUUUUCUGAAGAGGGAGCUACUUAUGGGAAUAUACGAGAAAGGAUUUGAAAAACCUUCACCUAUUCAGGAAGAAAGCAUCCCAAUUGCUCUAACCGGAGUUGACAUUCUGGCUAGAGCUAAAAAUGGAACCGGAAAAACUGCUGCCUUCUGCAUUCCAGCAUUAGAAAAAAUUGAUCAAGAAAAGAACGUUAUUCAAGUUGUCAUAUUGGUUCCUACAAGGGAAUUGGCUCUUCAAACAUCUCAGGUUUGCAAGGAGCUCGGGAAGCACUUGAAGGUUCAGGUAAUGGUAACUACUGGAGGAACUAGCUUGAAAGAUGACAUCAUGCGCUUGUAUCAACCUGUCCACUUGCUCGUUGGAACACCCGGUCGAAUCCUAGAUCUCGCAAAGAAGGAUAUUUGUGUUCUGAAAGAUUGUUCGAUGCUCAUUAUGGAUGAGGCUGACAAGCUUCUAUCUUCUGAAUUCCAACCGUCAAUUGGACAACUAAUUCGCUUUCUUCCUGCAAAUAGACAAAUAUUGUUGUUUUCAGCCACGUUUCCUGUUACUGUCAAGGAUUUCAUGGACAGAUAUCUGAGAAAACCCUUCAUAAUCAACCUAAUGGAUGAACUGACUCUCAAGGGAAUAACACAAUAUUAUGCUUUUGUCGAAGAAAGGCAGAAAGUGCAUUGCCUAAAUACACUUUUCUCAAAGCUACAAAUCAACCAAUCUAUUAUAUUCUGUAACUCUGUCAACCGGGUAGAAUUAUUGGCAAAGAAAAUCACUGAGCUUGGUUACUCAUGCUUCUACAUCCAUGCAAAAAUGUUGCAAGAUCAUAGAAAUCGUGUUUUUCAUGACUUUCGCAAUGGCGCAUGCAGAAAUCUUGUCUGUACAGGUAUAACUUUGUAUUCUGUUGACUUGAUUCGAGUAUAA